AUGGCAGCUCCCGGCAAGACUUUUAUUGUCGAGCAUCUCGACCCUGAACUAGGCCCCUGGUCAGAGCUCGAGUAUCUCGCCAUUGCUCGCGAGACUCAGGAUACCAACGGUUCUUUCAUCCUUUCCAGCUUACCUCCUACUUUCAAGGUUCCAGCAGACCUCGCCAGCAACCCCGCCUUCACUGCUGAGCAGCGUGGUGUUGAGGAGCUUUAUGCUGCCAACAAGUCCAAGGUUUGCCUGCUUGAUCCAUCUGCCGCCAAGGACCUUUCUCCUGAGGACGGCGACACCUUUGAUGCCUUUUUGUUUGGUGGUAUUCUCGGCGAUGACCCUCCACGAGACCGUACUUCAGAGCUCCGAAAGAAGGGCUUUGAGGGUCGCAGACUUGGUCCUAAGCAAAUGACGACAGAUACUGCUGUGCGAGUUACCCGUAUCGUCGUCCAAGACAAGGUGCCUGUUGACCAGGUCCCUUACCUGGAUUUCCCCGAGCUCAAGUUCAAUGAGCACGAGAGCACCGAGAUGCCCUUCCGCUAUGUCAAGGGUGAAGACGGCAAGCCCAUUAUGCCCAAGGGCAUGGUUGAGCUAAUCCAGAAGGAUUCCGACAAGGCAGUGAAUGACCUUUUCUAA